AUUUGUUAGCACAUUUUGCUUCAUUGAACAACCAGAACGGAUUAAUGUAACGAUUAUGAUUCACUAUAGCUUCUAGUUUAAUUGAUCACUAAAUUACACAAAUCUCAUAGACCAACAAUAUAUUGUAACAUUUUGUUGAAGCGAGAAUUUCAAACUUUUUCAAUAAAAUGUCAUCAGAUAUCGAAAAUAUCUUUUAACUAAUAUAUCGAUGUCUAUCGAUUUUAAAAAGGGUUUAUGUUCAAGAGGAUAAGUUUCAAUUUAGCUUUUUGCGUUAAACAUAAACUUCAUUAGUGUAUUAAAUUCACUGGAUUGGAGUGAAUUUGAUUUUCAAGUUAUGGUUCAUUACGAGUUGGCUUUCACCUGGUUCCAACUGGACUUUCGUUAUGUUUAACUUAAACUUCUCUCGAAAUGGCUGUAAUUUUGUGUGAUUCUCAAUUUUAUUUGGUUGUUUUUUGAUCUAUUGAAGCCCAAAGGAUCGACUGUAUGUUAAGCUUAUUUCCCGAUAAGCUGAAAGAAAAGAAAAAGAAAAGAGGAACAAGGAGGAAAGUGUGAGGUUAAGAGCAGUCAUUUGGUUCAUCUACGGUUUAUUAUGGAUAAACAUGAACGAGCCCAUCUUCGUGGAAAGAAAUCAAAUAAACCAAGCAAAAAAGCAUGUAACAUUCCUUCAAGUGGUAACAGUGAUGGUGAUAUGCUGAUUGAGGAUGACAAUACUUGGGAAUGUUCAGUUUGUACUUAUCGUAAUUCACAGGAAGCUUUUAAAUGUUUAAUGUGUGAUGUCUGUAAAGGAACCAGUACAAGGAAACCAAGAUAUAACCACGACUUGGUUGCUCAACAAGUGAAAAAACAGCAGAUACAAAUCCACCAAAAGCUUCUAAAAUCAAAUAAAUCAUUUUGUGAUUUGAAAGAUUCAAGUGAUUCUUUCAAUAGUUCAAAAGAUGCUGAUAAGGUUGAUGGCAGAGAAACCAGAGAGUCAAAAUCUAAAGAAUCUAACAAAAGUUUACUCAAGGAACCAAAAGAAGUUCAAGAUGAUCAUACGAUCGAGGCCAAAGGUAAAGAGUCCAAAGGUGAAGGCAAAGAACCCAGAGAAACACGGAUUAAGGGUGGUAAAGGAGCUUAUAAAUCAUCUAGUAAUAAAUCUGACGAGGGAGUAGAUGAAGCUGGCCCAAGUGUUAACCAACAUAAUCACAAUCAUCAUUCUCAUGUUUCAUCGAAUCAUAGCAAUCAUAAUCAACAAUCUUCGCCCACUAAUCAUCAUCAACAUGGCUCACCAACAAACCAUUCGCCUAACAACUCAACCAAAACUACUAAAUCUCGUGAGAAUUCAGUGAAAUCUACCAAAAUGGAAUCAAAAAUGAAGUUGAAAAACAUUGAUCGAACCAACUUUUUGGCUCAAGCUGUUACAGUGAACAAUGUAACGGUUAUUAUCACUGAAUUUCAACCAAAGAAGAAAGCUAAAACGACCAAGAAAACUUAUCGACAAGCUGCCAAUAAGAAAGAAAAGGAUUAGGUUACAACUGCUGAUGAUUCUCUUACCAAAAAAACCAUAAGAAUCGCCAAUACAUUUUAAUAAUUCACUGCCAGAAAGUAUAAUCAAAAAUUUUCCCCGUGCAAUGAUUAUCAUGACAAAUAUGUUCAUUUGAUAUUCAAAAUAUUUGAUUCUACUUUAAUAAAACUCGAUAUUUCUAAUUGAUAACAUGAAACGCCGAGGCGUUUCUCAACAGACCAUUUAAUCCUGAAAAAUGUGAUUCUAUAUAGUCUUAAAUUUUAAUGAUCUGUCCACAUCAUUUUAAUCGUUGUCAUAUAUCAUGUUAGAUUAAAAAUUUUCUUCAAAAAAGUUUAUGUUAACACUAAAUAUUUAAUGUGUAAACAAUAUUGAUUCUUCAAUAUAUCUCAUGUAUCUUUUCCCUAUCAUUUUCUCUGAACUUUUGUACUUCACAGCGUACAAGAUUUCAAAUUUAAAUGUGACAAAGAUUACGUUCUUCUCUUUGAUACAUAUAAAUCAAUCCAUUUUAAAC